AACACCCAGGAGCCAGUCAGGAUGCCUCCCCGCGCCCAUUCGAAGACCUCCCGUGUCCCUCGCAGACCCUUCGAGUCUGCUCGACUGGACUCUGAGUUGAAGCUCGUCGGCGAGUAUGGCCUGCGCAACAAGCGUGAGGUCUGGCGAGUCGGUUUGACUCUGUCCAAGAUCCGUCGUGCUGCCCGUCAGCUUCUUACCCUCGACGAGAAGGACCCCAAGCGUCUCUUCGAAGGCAAUGCCCUCAUUCGCCGUCUCGUCCGCGUCGGUGUCCUUGACGAGUCCCGCAUGAAGCUGGAUUACGUCCUGGCCCUCAAGAUCGAGGAUUUCUUGGAGCGCCGCCUCCAGACCUGCGUCUGGAAGCUUGGUCUGGCCAAGUCCAUCCACCACGCCCGUGUCCUGAUCCGCCAGCGCCACAUCCGAGUCGGCAAGCAGAUCGUCAACGUCCCCUCGUUCAUCGUCCGUCUCGACUCCCAGAAGCACAUCGACUUCGCUCUCACCUCUCCCUUCGGUGGUGGCCGCCCCGGCCGUGUCCGCAGAAAGAAGGCCAAGUCCGCCGAGGGCGGUGAGGGUGACGAGGAGGAGGAGGAUGACGAGUAAAUGCACCAAAAUAUGCAAAAACGGUUCUCCCUCAUGUCUAGGGCUCUGGGUGAUGGGAUACCACUCACGGGAAGGGGAUUCUCUUCAUAGCUUGCGGCGUUGGCCAGAGGAUAAAAAUGGAAUGAUUUCACCGGAUAACGACAAACAAAAACUUCCGGUGUCUCUCCUCACCUGUGUAAAUGAAUCUCAUGGAUCGUGCCCUAUUCCACGACAAUUCUUC